AUGGCACCCGAACUUCCUGGAUUGAUGUUUUCCAGUCUUGCAUCCUUUAGGAUUGACAACUGGCAUCAUGGUGUCCUUUGCUUAAUAGGAAACUAUUGGGAUUUUGCUAAGGUGAAUAGAAAAUGGUGGAGUCAAAGAAGUUGUCUGCUUAUUGGUGGUGGUUUGACAGUCAAAACAGUAUUACAAGAAACUCUCCAUGGCUUCAAUACACUCUUGCAGGCACAAAGAAGGAGGAAGGCGCAAGUCACUCAAAGGCACAAUCAUCACAAGAUCGCGGUAAAUCUCAUGCUUGAUUGCGGCGCAUUCGGAGCGAACACACAAUUGUCAACCUUUACACGCUUCCGGUUCAUGUUGUUGAUGAUGAAUGGGUCAAAAACUCUGUUUUGUCAUAUGAUGUUAAGUUGUGUUUAGUAUGUUAGUAAGUAGCUAGAACUUUUAAAUCUUUUGGUACAUUUGUACAAAAUUGUCCAUGUUGAAUCUUAUGGUCAUGACUUUGUAGUUUUGAAAGGUGUCGUAGUUCAUAAUUAAGAUGAUGUUGUUAAAGGCAGGGAAAA